AUGGACCGCAAUACCAUUAGACGUAUACAUUAUGCUAAUAUGCCAAAAGAGAAAAAGGAUGAGUUAUUGCAGCGAAGACGAGAGCUGUAUGCUAGGAAAAAGGCAGAGCAGGUCGAUACACCCACGGCUUCUACUCCUGUAUGCAAUGUCCCCGGAGUUAAACAUUGUCAGAAAAACUAUAGGGCCUUUGCCAGGAAGCCUCCACCAGAGCAAAUUCUGAAUGCUUCUGCACCUGAGAUGUGCAGCUCUGCACCAAACGCUAUUCCUGACAAUAAUGAAUUAGCUGAUUUGUUUGAUAGCAUGUCCACAAAACUCCAGUCAUCAUCAUCUGCUUUGCCUUCAUCUGCUUUGCCCUCUUCUUUGGCUACUACUCCUGGGCAAUCUUGUGUGCCUGAAGCGUAUACUGACUCCCUGGUUGGAGAAGGAACUUGUAUCAUCAAUGUUGAACCAUCUGAUUCCUCUAAACAGAACGGCAUCCAACAGAUUCUUGUUGGCACACAACUCGAAAAUAGCGGUAAGCGACAGAGGACCAAAAAAAACAAUUUUUCUCGCUUGAAACAGAUUCCAACUGAAACAUUGGUCCUCCCUGAUGCGCCAAUGUGUCAACACUGCGGUGCUAAGCGAUUCCAUUUGGAAACUCCGAAUUUUUGCUGUUCAGGUGGUGAGGUUUCGGUUGUUCAUCCUGUGAUGCCUUAUGACCUCUUCCGGCUCUAUUCUGGUACAGAUGAGGACUGCAUUCAUUUCCGAAAGAAUGUCCGCACAUACAAUAAUAAUCUUGCCUUUAGCACUUUUGUUGCAAAAUAUGAUAAGGACCUGACCAGGAAUACUAAGGGAGUUUACACUUUUCGUGUACAAGGCCAAAUUUAUCACAUUCUGAAUAGUCUGAAGCCAAAUGGCCAUCCUCCUACUGGUAUCCAGCUAUACUUCUAUGAUCAAGAGGAGGAACUGUCGAAGAGACUUGACGCUUCUCCGAGAUUACGUGACAACACUCUUAAACUCCUAAUGGGUAUUCUUGAACAGAAUCCUUAUACCAAGGUUUUUAAGUCGCUAAGAGAACUUCCUAAUCUGGAUGACCAUAGUAUAUUUCUUAAUUCCAAUCCAGGGCUUGAUCAGCGUUUAUAUAACAUGCCAACGUCUUCAGAAGUUGCUGCAAUAUGGACAGAGACUGACAAUGAAGCCUUAGACAAGGGCCCCCACAUACAAGUUUAUACUCAUGCAAAUACAAGCCAUAGAAUUCAACACUAUUUUGCAUGCUACGAUUCUCUGCAAUAUCUGCUGUUGUUUCCUCGAGGUGAAGCUGGCUGGCACUAUGGUAUUCCAAAAAACACCACUACUGAUAAAAGAAAGAGGAAGGAAACUGAUGAUGGUGGUCUUGUUAAUGCCGCUCAAAUAGGAACAGCUAUUGGUCUUAUUCAAAGGGAAAAUGAAGGUAGUAAGGUUGGCCGAAGAGUUGACCUUCCAUCUUCCUUUAUUGGUGGUCCAAGGGACAUGAGGCGGAGGUAUAUAGAUGCUAUGUCUUUGGUCCAGAGGUACGGUAAACCUGACAUAUUCAUUACCAUGACUUGUAAUAGGAUGUGGAAGGAAAUACAGGACAACCUCAAAUACGGAGAGGAAGCUCAGGAUAGACAUGAUUUAGUUUCAAAAGUGUUUAGAGCAAAGUUGGAAUUAUUAAAGGCUGAAAUCACAAAAAAGAAAAUAUUUGGUGAAGUUGCUGCUUGUGUGUAUGUGAUUGAGUUUCAAAAAAGAGGACUUCCUCAUGCUCAUAUGUUGAUCAUUUUGAAACCAGAAUAUAAGCCCCUCAAUCCUGAAGCUUAUGACAUGAUAGUUUCCGCUGAAAUACCUGAUCUUGCGAAGCAACCUCAUUUGCACUUUCUGGUUAUGAAACACAUAUUGCAUGGUCCAUGUGAUUCGUUAAAAAAAAAUAAUAUUUGUAUGAAAGAUGGAGUGUGCAAGAACCAUUAUCCAAAGAGUUUCACUGACUACACAACUUAUACAGAGGAUGGUUAUCCUCACUAUAGGAGAAGGAUGGAUGGUCGCUGUGUAAGAGUAAGGGAUCAUUUGUUGGAUAACAGAUGGGUUGUUCCAUAUAAUCCAUACCUUCUAGCAUUGUUUGACUGCCACUUGAAUGUGGAAAUCUGUUCCACUAUUAAAUUAGUUAAGUAUCUGUACAAAUAUGUUUAUAAAGGACAUGAUCGUGUGAGCUUUUAUAUCCACUCUGACAAAACCUUUGAAGAUGUUGAUGAGAUUUCCGACUUCCAGUCUGGGCGAUGGGUCGCUGCUGCAGAAGUUUUUUGGUGCAUAUUUCGGUUUGGUUUAAAUGAAAUGACCCCGAGCGUCUACGCAUUACAGGUCCAUCUGCCUGGAGAGCAAAUGGUUUCUUUUUACAGAAAAACUAAUCUUGCUGAUUUGGUUGCUGAUGUUGACUUCUCAAAGACAAUGCUGACUGAGUUCUUUUAUAUGAAUCAAACAAAUAAGUAUGCUCAGGAGCUCAAGCUGCUUUAUAAACAAUUUCCUGAGUUUUUGUAUGGAAGCCAGCCAAGAAGCGUUGGUCUCAAAGAAAACAGCGAAAAGUUGUUGGCCGAUUGGUGA